UUUAUUCACUCGAAUUCAGUAAUGGACCAUCACUUUCUCUAGAAAUUGAAAACAAACCAAUUAAAAUGUAAAGAAACACACGACGAAUGUGUCACCCUAACAAUCGAAACCCCCCAAAAAAACCUCGGAUCCUUCUCCUCUCUUCCCUCCAAUGGCUCUGAUGCGAACCAGGAGCCAAUUGAAAGCAUCUUCAUUGUCUCCGCCUCCACCACCUCCGUCUCCCAUCCCUAGAGCUCGAGGAUCACGUUCCGCUGCUAACGAGAUUCUCACCGAGAUCAUAGAGAGAACGAUCCAGGUUCCAGACCUCACCCUCCCUGAAUCUCAUUCCGACGGUGAGUCUUCUUGUUCACGACAUCUGAUCCCGGCGGAGAUCGAUUUCCGGCUGUUGACGUCGAGGAGAGAUGGAUCCGUGGAUCGGCUGGUUCGAUCGGCGAGGGAGUUCGGAGCGUUUCGUCUGAGCUGCCAUGGGAUAUCGAGCGAGGAGAUGCGAUCGCUUGUGAGGGAAUCGGGUCGGGUAUUCGGGGUUUUGGAGGGGAGAGAGACAGGGUUUCGUCGGAGUGUUGUCGGGAACAGAGAUGAGAUCGCUUGGGUUCGGUCGUGGAAGGAGCGGAUGGAAUGGGCGCGGGAGUAUAUCGGACCUGAAAGAUACCGAUGCUUCAGCGAGGAAAUGGAGAAUGUAGCUGACAAACUUGAUGGGGUAGCAAGGAAACUAGGGCAAAUAAUGGUGGAAAACUCAAGGAGACAGACUGAUAAAAGGAUACAAAGAGGAGAAUCAGUGCUCAGAGUAUACAGGUACAAUCAUGAAAACGUAACAGAGCAAAGCCCUCCUUUGCCCAAAGAGACGACCGAAGAAAUGCUUCAAUACACACUCAGCCUUCACCUUCCUGCUAAGAACUGCGAGUUCCGUGUCAACUCAGGAAAAGGCCCACUUUCUUUCCACGCUGAUCCCGACACUAUACUUGUGACUUUUGGUCGCCAGCUUGAGGAAUGGAGCUUAGGAGAAUUCAAAUGUCGGAAAGGAGAAAUCAUAUAUCAUCCAGAUGCGUAUGGCUCGCACGCGUCCUUCUCUGUAGAGCUCAAGUGCAUGUCUCUUUUCUUAUCACAUACUUCUAUAGCAACUUCCAAAACGUUAUCCUUAACCCAUCAGAUUGUCGCUGCGUUACUUCUACUCUUUUUCUUCCAAUCUUUUUGGAUUUAUGGAUCUCAUACAACCACUUAGAGUGUCCAUUUUUUUUUGUUCAAAAGAGUGUCCAUAUAUAUUACUUUUCAUGUGAGACAUGCGUACAUUUUAAUCUUGGAUAAUGAGGGACUGGUAAGUAUGUUUAUUUACUAGGUCGAAGCUUAUGGUGUA